AUGGAAAAGAUCAGAGAAAAGUUGAACAAUUUGAAAUUGGAAGCCGAAUCGUGGCAGGAGAAGUACGAGGAGUUGAAGGAGCAAUACAAGCAGUUGGAACAGGAUAGUGUUGAGAAGGAGAACCAAAUCAAGUCUUUGACCACUAAAAAUCAGCAUUUAGAGGAUGAAGUCGAGAAAUUGGAGACCAACUUGACUGAUUCCAAGCAAUUGGCCGACGAUUCUCACAAUUUGAGAUCUCACAACGAAAAUUACGUCAAAGAAAACCAACAAUUAGAGGAAGAGUUGGAAGAAAGCGAUGCCAAAUUGAAGGAAACUACUGAGAAGUUGAGAGAGACUGACUUGAAGGCCGAACAAUUGGAAAGAAAAGUAGUCGCCUUGGAAGAUGAAAGGGAUGACUGGGAGAAGAAGCACGAAGAAAUCUCCACCAAGUAUGAAGAGGCCAAGAAGGAAUUAGACGAGAUCGCCGCUUCUUUGGAAAAUUUAUAA